GAGUGAUUCGACUCUUUGGGGAACAGCCGGUUCAGUACCAACGGAAAUGACUCUAAAUGUGUUUUCAAUUUUCCUAUGACAUAAGAGCACGGUUAUCUUCAUUCGUAGCGACCUUUAUCGUGUUUUAUGUCGUCAUGGCUCUCAGACAGCUGGGCCUGGGUCAGCUGUUUUUUAUUUGACAUUAUGACAAGAUUUUAUUAGGUUGCAUAUGUUUCAAUUUCCAUUAAUUUUUGUGCUUUUGAUGGCAUCCUUGACAUGGAUAAAUUUUAAGCUUUAUUUAUGAAUUGUACUAGAAACCUGUCAAUUUAGUUGAGUUUAUUGACAUUUUCUUUCUGAAAUGGCUCUUGGGUGUUAUUUUGCCUGUCUUUAAGGGCUGUUCACUUGUUCCUACCUGGUCAUAACUGGCAAUUUUAAGGAUUGAACACUUCUUGUUCGGAGCUUUGCUUCUAUUUUAAUUGCAGUUACUACAGUGUCCGCUUUUCCUACAGCCAUGGAUAUGAUGUUUGAAGCAUAUCUUACUAAUGAAGUACAACUGGAGCCAGAUGACAUCCCCAACACAAAGGAACCUGUUUGGAUCCUGGGGAAGAAAUAUAGCGCCAUAGAUGAUCUGGAACUGAUUCGUCAAGAUAUCCGGUCGCGAUUGUGGUUUACAUACAGACGAGGCUUUGUGCCAAUUGGAGACUCUGGACUGACAUCAGAUAAAGGUUGGGGUUGCAUGCUUCGUUGUGGACAGAUGGUUUUGGCCCAAGCGCUUCUUAAUCUUCACUUGGGUCGAGAUUGGGUGUGGAACUCUGACACCAAAUCUCAGCCAUACUUGCGAAUUUUGCGCCUUUUUGAAGACAGGCGAUGUGCUGUAUAUUCCAUUCACCAAGUUGCACUUAUGGGUGCGACUGAAGGAAAGGAAGUGGGCCAGUGGUUCGGGCCCAACACAGUGGCGCAAGUCCUCAAGAAACUAGCCUUCUAUGACGAAUGGAGCUCAGUGGCAUUCCAUGUUGCUUUGGACAAUACCAUAGUUAUAAAUGAGAUCAAACAGCUAUGUCGGGGCACGGAGCCAGGGAGUAGGUGGAAACCACUGGUCUUGGUCAUACCAUUAAGACUUGGUCUAAGUGACAUUAAUCCUAUUUACAUGAAAGGACUCAAGACUUGCUUCUCAUUCCGACAAUCUUUGGGUGUUAUUGGUGGCAAACCAAAUCACGCAUUGUACUUUAUAGGUUGUGUAGGUGAUGAAGUCAUCUAUCUAGACCCUCAUACAACACAACAGACAUGUUUUGUUGAGGGAAAAGACAAUGAAUGUGAGCGUCAAGCAGAUCAGACUUACCAUUGCCAGCAUGCAAGUCGACUACCCAUUUUAAAUAUGGAUCCAUCCCUUGCUGUGUGCUUCUUUUGCCCAACGGAACAUGAAUUGGAUUCUUUGUGCCAAUUGUUCCGCGAGAGGAUAGUGGAACAGGAAAAGCAGCCACUAUUUGAAGUCUGUGAAGACAAACCUGAUCGUUGGUCACCUGUCAGUAAGCAAGACGACCUAUUAGGUGCCUGGGCUCAAGAAGCGAGUGAGAACAUGGACAGCACGCUUGAUGAGUCUGAUGAAGACUUUGAAUUAUUAGGGUGAAAGGCAAUCUUAAAUCAUUUCCUACUUUUGAAAAUUACUAACAAAGCACAGGAAAACUAUUGUAGGGAGUAAUGUUUGUUGCCUUUUUAUACAUUUACCUGUUACCAUCGUAUUUGUUUUCUUAGUUUUUAAGAAGAAAAAAAAUGUUCUAAUUGUAUGGACUUAUUUGAACAACUGAGUUGAGGAAUCCAUGAAAACAGUGUUUCAUUUUGUGUGAUUUUCACUGUUUUCUAUUGCAGUCAGUGUCUCUUUCUUUAAAAAAAAAAGAAAAAAAAUACACUGAAAAAUUUCUUGGUCACAAAAUGUGUUGUGACAAAUACAAAAUUUAAUCCUAGGGUUUGUGGCCUGAAUCGAAUAUGUGACAGAAUUUACUGUCUGUACCUCCAAUUACUGGCUACUGGGUCAGAUUCUUUAUCUGUUAUUGUAAUGGUCAUGUGCUCCAAUGUACUUUGAAAUGAUAUGCAGUUAAAAUCACAGCUCAACAUGCCCCUAGAUGUUACACUAUGUGUGGGCCCGAACCAUUUUAACAUUUCCAGGUGGUAUCAUAGUUCAAUAUCUUGUCUCUUGUACAAUCACUGUGAUUUUUCAAUAUUUAUUACUUAUGAAUAUAUAUUUAGUCAAGUUACCCAAAGACGAAAUCCAUGAAAAGCUAUUUAGAGGUGCUAGUGAGUAGAAAAACCAACAGGUAGGUCAUAGAUUUGAUGUAUCAUUUCGUCUUCUAAUUUAAGCCUGCUUUUAAGUGGAGUGAUUGACUUGCGCUUGCAAUUUCCGUUAAUUGUGCACCUUAGCAGAUGUCUACUGGUUUUCUAUUUAUGGUCAUCCACUAUUUCAAGAGAAAUUCAUGUUCCUAGGCACUUUUACGUCUCAAUGUGGUUCUUGUACUUUUACUUGUUAAUUAUAAUUUCUUUUUUUUUUGUUUUUCUUAUUUGUUUUGAAAUGAAUGUUAAGUUGAAAUUUAUUUGUUGAGAGUUGCUUUGGCAGCCUUGCAUGGACAGCUUCAUAGCUGAAGUGCAGCUCCCUUGUUUCCAACCAAGCUAUGUACUUCAUGAUGCUACCUGUUACGUAUAUAAACUUUUUGUUUGUUUUUCAUUUGGCAAAAGUUUUGUGUGGUAUUCCCAUGGUUUUGCCAAACGAAAUUGAGUAAAAUUCAGUUCAUGCUAUUGAAAGAUAAAAUAUAUUUUUAAAUAAAUUUAAGCUAUUUCACCGGA